AUGUCUGAGAAAAACAUGAACACCACCACCAACAAUAGUCAGUUAGUUGAGAUCAAAGACGAUAACAAGAACAAGAAGCAAUUAGCUCCUAAGAGAAGUUCGAAUAAAGAUAGGCACAAGAAAGUGGACGGGAGAGGGAGAAGGAUUCGGAUGCCAGCUCUAUGCGCGGCGAGAAUCUUCCAGCUGACUCGAGAAUUGGGUCAUAAAUCCGACGGCGAGACGAUUCAGUGGCUUCUUCAGCAAUCGGAGCCGUCAAUCGUGGCGGCGACCGGGACGGGGACGAUUCCAGCCUCUGCCCUCGCCACUGUAGGGUCCUCUGUUUCUGCUGCAGCAGAACAGGGGAGCUCUGUUUUUGCCGCCAACAAUUGGACGGCAGCGGCGAUGGUGAACGGGAAUUUGGUCGGGAGAUCGGGUCUGGGAAGUGGGUUCUGGCAAUCAGGAACAGGGUUCGUCGGUAACUUAAGUAGCGGUGGUGGUAAUAGUGGUAGUCAGGCGUCACCGGCGAUAGUGGCCGGUGGGAGUUAUAGCGACGGCGGGAAGAUCGGCGGGUUUCAUCAAGGUGGUGGCGGGAUGGAAUUUCCGAAUGUGGGUUUGAUGAGUUUUUACUCAAUGUUUAGUGGGUCAGGUUUGAAUCCCGGUUUGGAGCUCGGGCUUUCGCAGGACGGGUUGUUGAAUUCUUCUUCUCACGGGUUCAACCAGUUUUAUCAGCAGAUGGCUCAUGGCCGAGCUGUCGCUGCCGCGGCUGCUGCGGCUGAUUCGAUGAAUCAGAAUCAUAAUCAGCAACAGGAGGAAGGGUCAUCGGAGAAGGAAGAAUCAUCUCGUGGAUCAAGGCAUUAG